CAAUGAAGAAAGCGAGUAAGAUUGGGAAUGUGUGCAUUCAUGUUAGGCAACUGUCCAGCCUCGCUGCUCACCUGGGGCUCUGCUGCUGGAGGGAGGAUACGGAGCCCUCUGCGCAUGUGUGGAGUGAGCUGCCUUCGGUGGUUUUGAUCAGUUCGGGGAGUCUGGGGCGGUGGAAGGCAUGGCCAAUGCUAUUUGUAUCCUCACAGGUCACUUCAAUAUCUUCGGAGUGGUCUUCUUCAAGACGGACGUAACUGACUGUGUGAUUGUAAAAGGAGAAUUUACUGGACUGCCUCCUGGAAAGCAUGGCCUUCACAUUCACAGCUUUGGUGACUUAACCAAUGAUUGGAUUAGUGCAGGACCUCACUACAAUCCAGAUAAUGAAAUACAUGGUGCACCAGAAGAGAACAACAGACAUGCAGGGGACCUGGGCAAUGUGGAAGUGAAUGAAGAUGGUUUGGCCAAGCUGGAUAUGGAGGUGCAACAUUUCCAUCUGACAGGAAUUCAUUCUAUUAUUGGACGGUCUCUGGUGAUUCACCAGAAUGAAGAUGACCUAGGAAAAGGUGAUAAUGAAGAAAGCCUGACAACAGGAAAUACUGGAGAAGGUUUAGCGUGGGGAGUGAUUGGAAUUUGUCAGGGUGAUAUUUUGGAGGAAGUCUUAAAAGAUAAAUCUAACUAAUAAAGUUGUUAGUUCACAUUACAAAAGCUAUAUUUAUCUAUGACUGUUUGCUAAAUGUUCCUUGUUUGUGGACAUGUAAAUACAUUUUCCAGCUGAAAAAAUAUUUUUGCUUGUUCGUUUCUGCAUGAGCAAAGGUAUUUUCUUUCAGCUUUAAUUUCAAAAUGAAUUAUUUUAGGUACCAACCAUUCUUAAGAAAUGUUCCUUUCCAAUUUUUGUGAAACAAUGCUGUAUGCCAGAAAAUUUGAUUUGAAUCAAAUGUCAAUUGUACUCUGAUGUCUGCAGUUCUAUUUUGCAUCACGCUCUAGUUUUGAGCGUAAAGAAGUAGGCUGCAGCACAGAAUGAUGACACUUCGCAACAUUUUAUUUCAUUGAGCUACACUUUAAGAAGUCUGAGAAUGAAACUAAAGCUAAAGUGUCUUUAUGGAAGAUUAGAUGUAUUAAUGUCUUUAGCUGUCUGUACCAAUAGUAAAAAUGUUUUUCAAUAUGUAUUUUAGCAUGUGAGAAUAUUUACAUUAAGUACUGUACUGCCAUUUUUUUUGCCAAAAUGUCACUUCUGAAAUUUAGUUAGUGACAAAAAUAAAAAUUCAUCUCCUUUUCA